AGAGUGAAGGACAAAGCGUGAAAACCUCUCGUCUUCUCUCAUAAAUGAAUCUUCCUUCUUUUCGCUUCUUCCCACUAUCAGCUUUUCUCCUCAUCUCUCUCUCUAUCUAGACUCUCUGUAGCUCUCUGGUAGCUAUCUAUGCACGCUUCCACGAAUAGAGAGAAAGAGAGAGAAAUAGAGAGGCGAGUCUCUCCGAGAGAUUUUCCCCUGUCUUCUCACCUUCUUCUGUUCUGUGUAAUAUCUUGAGACAAACGAAAACAGGAGAAGGAAAUUCGUAAUUCACAAGAAAAAAGAAGGGGGAACCUUUCUCUGGUUCUUGGAAGAGAAGGGUAACAAUGGCGAAUCCAAAGGAAAAUGGAGAAGCCCCACAAGUUUACCAAGUUCGGGAGCAAGAACAAAGUUCUUCUUUCCUUCUGGACGCUCUCUACUGCGAGGAAGAGACAUGGGGAGACGAUGAAGAAGGAGAAGUGGUAGAGCUCUCGGAGAACACUUCUUUUUCUUCUUCUUCUUCUCCUUCUCCUUCUCCGUUCUUUGUGCUUGACCAAGAUUUGUUCUGGGAAGACGAAGAACUCAUCUCUCUGUUUGCCAAAGAACAAGAACACGAGCUGAGUUCUCUGGAUGAUGCUUAUCUCUCCUCGGACCGGAAAGAGGCUGUGGACUGGAUUCUGAGAGUGAGCUCCCAAUACGGGUUCUCGACCUUGACGGCAGUCUUAGCCAUGAAAUAUCUCGACAGAUUCAUCUGUAGCUACAGCUUACAGAGAGACAAGCCAUGGAUGCUUCAGCUUGUUGCUGUCACUUGUCUCUCUCUUGCUGCCAAAGUCGAAGAAACCCGAGUUCCUCUUCUCAUAGACCUCCAAGUGGAGGAGACGAAGUAUGUGUUCGAGGCCAAAACUAUACAGAGAAUGGAGCUCUUGAUUCUGUCAACGCUUGGAUGGAAGAUGCAUCACAUUACUCCGAUUUCGUUUCUCGACCAUAUAAUCAGGAGGUUGGGACUGAAGAACAAUGUCCACUGGGACUUCCUCAGGCGAUGCGAGCGUCUUCUUCUCUCCGUAGUCUCCGAUUCAAGAUUUGUCGGCUACCUCCCGUCGGUUCUUGCCGCAGCUACUAUGAUGCACGUUAUCGAGCAAGUUGAGCACUUUGACCCCAAAUUAUACCAAGACAAGCUUCUUGAUGUUCUCAAACUAAGCAAGGAAAAGGUGAAGACUUGCUACGAUCUAAUCCUCGAACUUCCACUGAAUCGCAACGAAAACCCAUUUAAUAGGAAACGAAAAUUUCAUGAAUCAACGCUGAGUAGCCCCAGUUGCGUCAUUGAUACUAAGAUUUUCGACAGCGAAAGCUCCAACGAUUCCUUGUCCGCGAGUUCAGACCACUGCCAUUGCUACCGAUCAUCUGUCUGUUCUUCGCCGCAAAUACCGCCAUCGAAGAAGCUCAGAGGAGCAUCGGAGAAGGAGAAACCGACGCUCCAUCAAUGGGCCAUAGUCGCAAGUCCUUGAGAUGACAAGCUCUGUUUUCGUCAACGUUUUAAUUAUAUAUGUUGUAAUAAAAACCACGAAGCGGUUUCAAACGUGGUGUUCAAAGUCAAAGGUCCAGUGCCGUUGCAUGUUUGAAAUACCGGAAAUGCCCCUAGUGGUGGAGAAAGACAGCGCCCGGAGGAAGGAUAUUAAUGACAUUUCACUGCAUGGAGGGAGAGGAGAGAAGGUGGUGUGAAUAUGAAUAUAUAUAUAUAUAUAUAUAUAUGUAUAUUUAAUAUUUUCGUAAUUUUUGUUGAGGCUUAUUGCAUUUUCAGCUGUAAUAUCAGGGAAUACAAUAUUCCGAGUUAGUAUAUGAACACGUUCUCGUUAAAUAACUAUUCUAAUAUAUAUUCAAAAACCAUUGUCUCAUAAAAUUAGGUCCAUAAAUU